CGGUGGAAUGGACACACAGGCACGAGAGGGGACCUGGGAGAAACUGCAUCCAAGUCUGGGAACCAGCAGGUGGUUGGCAGCAUGAGGGACUCCUACUCCAUGCAGACCGGAUGCCUGAAAAAUGGAAAAAGUGAAUCUUUCAAGUUUGUGUCUGAGAAGAGGACCAGCAAGCAGAACCCACCUUUGCCAGCCCAAAGGCAGCCGUCCUGCAGCCUUAGCGUGAAGAAAGCCUCCUACACAGUCAGUGAGCAUGUAGGGCCCUGGUGGAACCUCAGCUCCUACAGAAAAAAAUGGACACGGCAGAUCCUGAACGAGGUGAUGCUUCAUGUGGACAGUGGCCAGAUACUAGGCAUCCUGGGGAACUCAGGCUCUGGGAAGACCACUCUGUUAGACGCUAUCGCAGGACGGAUUGGAAAAAGCGGCACUCUCACUGGUGAAGUGUUUGUGAACGGAAGGAAAAUCAAGCAAGACCAGUUUCAGGAAUGCUUCUCCUAUGUGCUACAAAGUGACAAUCUCCUGAGCUAUCUGACAGUGGAGGAGACACUGACAUUCACGGCUCAACUGGCCCUGAGGUGGCACUCUGCCCAAGCUAUCCGCAAGAAGGUGGAUGCCGUCAUGGCGGAGCUGAGCCUAAGCCACGUGGCUCACAGCGUGAUUGGCGGCCGAAUUUUUCCCGGCAUCUCUGGAGGAGAGAGGAGGAGGGUGUCGAUAGCGAGCCAACUGCUUCAGGACCCCAAGGUGAUCCUCCUGGAUGAGCCAACCACUGGCCUGGACAGUAUGACAGCCAAUCAGAUUGUAGUGCUGCUGGCAGAGUUAGCCAAGAGGGACCGUAUUGUCAUAGUGACCAUCCACCAACCACGCUCAGAACUAUUCAGAAUCUUCAGCAGAAUAGCCAUUAUGAGCUGUGGAGAGUUGGUGUUUUGUGGGCAGCCUGAAGAGAUGGUGGAUUUCUUCAGUAUCUGUGGCUAUGAGUGUCCAGAGUAUUGCAACCCCUUUGAUAUCUAUGUGGACCUCACCUCGGUGGACACACGCUGUAGUGAGAGAGAGGCUGCCACCUAUAGGCGAAUGCAUGAUAUAACCUCAGCGUAUCAGAGCUCAGCGAUCUAUCAGAGCAUGGUGGACAGGAUUGAGAAGAGCUGUCAGCAUCCUGACAAACCCGUGAUUCCCUUCAAGAGCAAGGAAUCCCCAAACUGUAUUUCAAAACUGGGCGUCCUUGUUAGGAGGACUGUGCGGAACUUGUCACGAGACAGGAUGGGCGUUCUCAUGCGUCUCUCUCAAAAUCUCAUCUAUGGGCUCUUUAUAGCCUUCUUUGUUAUAAAUCUAGACAAUGAUGUCACUAAGGGUGCAGUACAGGACCGAAUUGGGAUCAUCUACCAGUGUGUGGGCGCUUCUCCGUACACUGGCAUGCUCAAUGCUGUGGCCCUGUUCCCUGCUCUGAGGGCUAUAGCCGAUCAGGAGAGCAAGGAUGGGCUGUAUCAGAAGUGGCAGAUACUCUUGGCCUACAUUAUCCACAUCCUCCCCUUCAGUAUCGUCAGUGUAUUUGUAUUCACGUCUUUCCUCUACUGGACCGUGGGCAUGAACCCUGAUCCCUGGCGGUUCAUGUGUUUUACAGCUGUGAUCAUGGUGCCCCACAUCACGGGUGAGCUCCUGACACUAGUCCUUCUGGGGGUCAUUCAAGACCCCAACAUGGUUAACAGUGGAGUGGCCUUGCUCAACAUAGCUGGGAUCAUGGUGGGCUCAGGCUUCCUCAGGGGCACUCAGCAGAUGCCGUUGGUGUUCCAGUGGCUAAGUUACCUCACCUUCCAGAAGUAUGGCUGUGAGCUCCUCAUCGUCACUGAGUUCUAUGGUUUGAACUUCACCUGUGGUAUGAAUGCUGGUUUCCCAGAAGCGUGUCUAAUAAAGGAUGGUAAUCUUGUUAUAGAGCAGGGCUACCCUGGAGCUCUCUCACGCUACACCCAGGACUUUCUCCUCCUGUACGCCUUCCUGCCUGCCCUCAUACUGCUGGGGGUCAUCAGCUUCAAGAUACGAGAUUACCUCGUCAGACGCUAAGAUUGUGUGCAUGCUUGUGUGUGUUUAUGUUUGAAAGAAGGGCAUGUCCCUGGUUAUGUUGUUUGUAUAUACAAUACCUUUGUCACACUGCAAUAUACAUUAAAAACACGAUCCCUUAAACUAGCUGAUAGUACAAGAAUGCAUUGCAUUGCCUUCGGAGCUCAGAGGUCAUUCGCAUUUUUCUGUGCAGCUUAUCAAUUAUACUUUGGUUAUUGUUGUUAAUAGAUAAUAUAUUAAAAGAUGAUCGGUGUGAAUGUAGAUAUUACAUUUUGCAUA